UCAGGAGAGAGUUGGAGGCGAAGAAAAUCGUCUGUGCCCCCCCGAACCAUCCUUUUUUCCGGUGGAUACAAUCUUUCGGCAGCACCACUUCUUCUGGUGCCUUCCACAAGCAGCAAACAUUCCAGUCGAUUCGCCAGGACUUCCAGAGGGGCAAGUAGAAAUUAAACCAAGAUGCCUGAACCCACAGAGGCCGGCGACCCCAUGGGCGGGAAGACCGAAUUGGAGCAACUCCAAUUCAAAGCCAACCAGGUUACAGAUGAGUCGCUGGAUGCCACCCGGAGAAUGAUGGCGUUGUGCGACGAGAGCAAAGAAGCCGGCAUACGAACACUCGUCGCACUGGAUGAUCAAGGAGAACAAAUGGAUAGGAUCGAAGAAGACAUGGACAAAAUUAACGCUGAUAUGAAGGAAGCGGAAAAGAAUUUGGAAGGAAUGGAAAAAUGCUGUGGUAUUUGCGUGUGCCCUUGUAAUAAAUCUUCGGAUUUCAAAGAGGAUGCAAGUACAUGGAAAGCAAGCGAGGAUGGCAAGAUUGUAAACAAUCAGCCAGCUCGAGUUAUGGAUGACAGGAACGGAGCGGGACCCAUGGGAGGAUACAUCGCCAAGAUCACCAACGACGCUCGCGAGGAGGAGAUGGAAGACAACAUGCAGCAAGUGAGUACUAUGAUCGGCAACUUGCGCAACAUGGCCAUCGACAUGGGAAGUGAGAUGGAGUCACAGAACAGACAGCUCGACAGGAUCAAUCUCAAGGCCGAAUCCAACAAGACGCGAAUCACUUCGGCUAACCAGCGAGCAUCCAAACUUCUGAAGGAUUAAGUCAUUCGAAACGCGGUCGCACAUUUUCUCAAUUUUUCGUAUAAGAACUUAUGUCUCGACUCUCUCUUCGUAUCCUUUUGGUUUUCUAAGACUUUGAACGAACGCUUCGCGUUAGUUUCGAUAUGUUUAUCAAUUUCCAUCAUGGAUUCUCCUGAUAACAAAGGGCUCCUCUAAACCAAGGACUUUUCAAUGCCACAUUCUAACUGAAAAUUUAUAAUACCAUGCUAUGUUUUGCAUAUUUUAAUUUGAAAUUGUGCUAUUUUCACGUAGACUGCUGUUUCUGAAUAGAUUUCAAUAUUUAAAAACUUGAUUUAAACUUUAACAGUUUUUAGUUUAUAAAAGGAGUGUCUUUUAUUUUUAAAUAUGAAGGAAGGCUUAUAAAUGUUUCAUAGUUCACUUCUUUUGGAAAUGUUCAUUGUUAAGAAUUCGUCCAUAUUCGUUUCUUUCUAAAUUCUUCCAACUUGUAAUGUGUACCUUUUUUCUUCUUUUUUAAAAAAUUUGUUCUUAUCGAAAUACAAAAAAAGUAGUUCUUAGAGCAAACUGAAAUACCGAAAUGGAAAGCAAAUUUUUAUUUAAGUCUUCAUGAUAGUGCCUAUUAAAAUGUGAAAAUUUCAAGAGAAUCUAAUUUAUUUUUUCAAAAAUACUUUAUGAAGGAACCAUUGUGAUAUGUACUCGUAUACUAUUGUAUAUUGUUAAUUAUUCUUAAUGUAUUUUAAAAUGGAGCCCUUUUGGUAUGUUCACUGUUAAACACAAGGCACUGCUAGUUGGAAUAAAGUCUUUUAUAUUGUUUGAUAACAUUGGACAACAUAUUUGGAUGGAUAAAGGAAAUAAAAUAUUUAAUUUUGUACAGUGCUUUGGACGAAAAAUUCAACGAAAUAAAAUUUAAAAAAAUAUUAUUAUUAUUCUUUUCUAUAUAAAACCUUAUGGUAAAUUAUACCUAUUGUGUUUCUAAUGAAUAUGUAAUAAUUUUGAUAUAAAAAUAGUAUUUUAAACUUCUAGUUAUGCUACUUUGAUAAGAUAACAGUUUCAUUAUUUUGUAAAUUUUUAUAAAUCAUUAUUUUUAGGUGUAUACCAAACAUUAUUUGUUUUUAUUAAGAUUUUAUGCUGAGGGCGUGGAGACAAAGCACGCCUUUGCUUCCUUUACAGUUCAGAUAUUUUCACUUUAUUUAUCAUAAUGCAUUUUUCACAAAAAGUAAUAGCUUCAUUUCUGCAUAUAAAAACGCUUCACAAGUACUAAAAUGUAAAACUAAAAUUAACCUGAAUAGAAAUAAAUAGGCCUGAAUCUUGACAUACAAACGAUAAUUUUAUUAAAGAUGAAAUAAUUUCAAAAAAUAUUAAAUUGAUUAAAUAAUUACAAAAUUAUUUAUUAAAAUAUUUCCCCUUUCUGUAAAUAACGUUUGUCUCACAAUCCUGAAAAUUAUAAAUUCUAAAAUAUGAAUGAAUAUUUUUAGAGUUAUUUGAAUGUGAAUGUGAAUGAUCGUUCGAAAGUUGUCCAGUGGUAUCUUUUUUUAUUCUUUAGGUUAGGUCAUUUUUAUUCUUUUUUUAUAUAUAUAAAAUAUGUUACGCGACCAUGUUGUGAAGACAGAAUGUGCCUAGACGAAACUUUCGUUCUUCAUUUCUUUAUUGUUUUUUUCCUGUAUACUUAAUGUAUAAAAACAUUUAACGAAAGCUUUCAAACUGUUACUCUUUAUCUAAGCAUCUGUGUUAGUGAUUUUAAAUGUGUCGAAAUAUACUUACUAAAAUACUUCAUGGCACCCGUAUUGAAGGUGCUUUUGGUGUUAAUACUGGUAGACUGCAUUUGUUGUACAUACGCAUGAUAGACAAAAGUAUACAUUCAGUAUCAUUGAACUUAAUCCUUUACAUCCCUAAAAACGUUUCUCACACUUGGGUCAUCUUUUCUGAAUUGCUUUACCUUAAUUAAACACGAAUUAUUUCUUUUCUACAAAAAUAUAAAUUUAGGUUUUAGUAAAUUUCCCACGGGCUAAAUAUGAACGCAAAAAAUAAAUACUUUAAUCUUAGUAUUGCUUUCAAUUUUUUUAAUUGCAAAACGUGAUAGUGGUUCUUUUCUUGUGAGAUGAUAACACUAGAAGAAUAGGAAGGAUGACUUAAGUUUAUGACAUUUUUUUUUCUUUGUUUGAUGACAUAAAUUGUAAUUUAUUUAAAAAUCUUCAAAAUUCGAAGCUUCAAAAUUUUUUAUAAGAGAAAUUUUUAAUCAUUCCUUUUUUUUCCCUAUAACUUUAUGUGAAACGAUAUCCUAUGAUAGCUAUUUACAAUUAUAGAUAUGUUUUACUUUAUAUUUAAUAUUAAAAUAAAGGCUUCUAACCAAGUGUGAGAAAAUGAACGAAGCACAACUAUUAGAUAGAUGAUUAGAAAGAAGACACUUACUAUUUAAACUUUCAGAACUACAUUAAAAUGAGGAUACAUAAGAGAUUAACGAAGUUAAAGGGUAUAGUUUCAAUGAUUUUGUUAACUGAAAAAUAAACAAUAUUUAUUAAUUCUUAGUAAUGAGUUAUUAUUAUAUGUUUUAUUAUUAUUUUUUUCGACGCCUGGACCAAAUAUACAAGGUGCAUACUUUCAGUGAAAUUGUUUUUUACAGUCAAUAUUUGCUUUAAUUUUAAUUUAUAUUGUAUUUCAAUUUGUUUGUUUUCUUGUUGUGUACCAAGUACUCAGUGCAUUUUAUCUUUAUUUUAAGACAGCGAAACUAGACAAUAAUAUGAAAAAAAUCUAAAGAUAAAAAAAAAAUUGUACAAAGAUAGCUUCAUUUUGAAUAAAUAUUCAAAUGAACGCCUUUUUUUAUUCUAGUGAGUUAAUAAAAGUGAUGUGCGAUUUUCAAUUACUAAAGUUUAGAGUCAUCGUAUUUAAGCUUGCCGAGUAUAUUUUGUGCACAAACUCGUCUUCGAAGCCACACUUGUUUUAGGAUGUGUAGUGUCUCCACCAGAGAGUGCACCUUGUAUAGUGUUUGCAAAUCCAUUUAUAACAUCACUUUAUGAUGUCUUUGCUCAGAAAGCAAAGUGAUAUUAAAAUUGUUGCGCGUAGCGACACGCUGACGGAAAUCAACGACUGCAGAAAUUACCCUCAAAGUUACUUUUUCAGUUUUGGCUGUCAAUGAUGGCACAUUUUAUACAUUUCUUUCAGUCAAUGAAAGAAUCGUUUACUUUAUUUCGUAGUAAAUUAAAAGUGGAUUUUUUUAAAAUUAUAAUCGAAAUCGAAUAAUCGGAAUUCGAAAAAUCGAAAUCGAAUCCUUCAACUUAAUUUUUCUAACAUCAAAUAAUCGCUUUGUUUUUUAAACUGUUUCUUUUGUAAACAAAAUUUUUAUAAUAUAUUUCGAGAUGAUUUUGAAAGAAAUUUUUUCUUUCUUUUACUGGAUGCUGUUGCUGAUUACUAAAUUAGGUCUGUCGCUACCCGAAAAAAACCGUGAUCUCACAAGUGUCAUAUGAUGUACAUAGAUUAUAUAAAAAAGUCUUAUAAAAAUAUAAUAUAUAACUUUUCCUCUCUAUGUGUUGUGUUGAAACUUUUAUCUAUUAUAUUUGUAAAAAAAACUACCAAAGUAAAAAGUAAUUUCUCACUGUGUAGUGGAUACGCUGUGUCACUUCCUUAGAUUGAAUAAGAGUUGCUCAUAUGACGUAGUGUUAUGCAACUUAUGUAACAACAGCUUCAAACUAUACAUAAAAAUAAGCUUAACUAUACUAAGAAUCUGUAUGUUCUAAUUUCUAAGAACUAAUCAUCCAAAUAUUUGUGCAUCUAAGUGUAUAAAAUUAUCACAAGAAAUAACAAUUAUUAUUUAUUUUUACAACGAUUAUUUCUUCUUAUCUUAUUCUUAUAUUUUAUUACUUGUUCCUAUAUUUAACUUUUUCAACUACAACUUGUUUGAAGUUCAUCUUGAAAAUUUUGAAUUCCAAUCUAUCAUUGUGCAACAUAAAAAAAAAAAUUAACGAAGUGUUGCAUAAAUUGCUGUGUUUAUCUUGCUAAGUUUAUGUCUGUAGCGUCUCAUGCGUUAAACUUCAAACUAUGACGAACUUGUUAGCAUAUCUUUUCGGUAAGAGCUUACGAAGCUGUUCGUUCAUUGAAGAAUUAGUGAUUUAAAAAGUGUCAGAAAUUCGUUACAAAGAACAGUGGUAUUCAAUCGUUCCUUUAAAGUUAGUUUCGAAUAUUGUUUGGAAGGGAUAUUUACUUGUUAAAAACAUUUCUGUGAUAGUUUGAUGAAAUGCCUGACAGAUGAACGAUGAGAUCUCCCUUACAAGCUUCAGUUAUCUUCUAAUGUGAUACAAACAAACUCCGCUAGUGAUGUGAAUACUGUCAUUAGAUCAAGAAUAGGAAGAGUUCUGUCGACGCAUUCAGAAGAGGAAAUGAUGAAGUGAACGUUCUGAACAGUUCAUUAAUCACUAAAAUUUCUUACGUUUUCUCAUAAAUAACUUUUUGUUUGAUGAGAAGUUUAUUCAGCAAAUGAAAUAAAUGAAAAAUUCGAGAGCAAUCGACGAUUUGGCAAAAAAAUUGUUCAAAAAGAAACCUUAAAUUAGAAUCGAUGAGCCAAAAAAACUUUUGAAAUGCCCGAAAUUUCUCAUUUUUUCCAGCUGUAAAUUUAAAGCUACUCUUCCAUAAUUUUAAAAUGACAUGUUGAAAGAGUUUUUUAUAGCACCAGAAACAACGAAUUUAUUGAUUUUAAAGGCAAUGAUUUUAAUAUACUUGUAAUACUAAGUUAAAUAAGAACUUUAGAUUUUUUUACCCUACAAUAUGAAAUAUCUGAAACAUUUUAAACCUAGUGCAAGCGUGCCAUAUUUUUAAAAGAAACAGGGCUAAAAAUUGAAAGUCUCUUUCUUUUAAUCAUUUGAAAUUUCAAAAUUUUUAUUGGUUCUUUCUCCUUCAGUUAGAGAAAGAGAUUUUUCCUUACUGAAGCAUUUUAUUUUCGAAUACACUGCAUAAGAAUUAGAGUCAAUUGAAAAAAAAGCCUCGAAAUAUGUACAUAUUUUAUGAUAGUAUAAAAGACUCAUUUAGAAUUGCUUACCGUUCAAUCAGUCAAAUAUGUAAGCAUACAAUAUGGACAAGGCAAAUGCCCGCGGAGAUAUUUUUGCUGUUAAAGUCUAAUAUUAUAAUUUGUUUUUCAAAGAAAUCAUAUAGCCAUAAUGCAUUGUUAAAUAAUAGAUAUUUUGUUAAGCUACGGGUAGUAGUUAUAAAAUAUAUAGAAAUUCUGAUAUCUUAAACUUCCAUGCAGUCUGCAUCUUGAUAUCAGCUUACUGAAAUAGAACAUUCGAUUUUGGAACUAAUAAUGUCCCCCCCCCUCCUGUUUUGAUUUAGAAAACUACUUAGGUCUUCUUUUAAAACAGUCAGUAUCUCGCUACAUAUGACACUUUUAGCAUAUUGUAUUUUUUUAUUCAAUGACUCAAUAAAUAUGUGCUGUUUCUUGAAAGGUCGUAUUGAAUGAGAAGUGUUAAAGCGUGAAUAAUUUAUGAACCUUUUAAAUCACGAUAUUUCCUGUUUUUUUCUCUUACACGCUAAUCGUUAAUCAUAUUUCAGAUAAUUUUUUUGACUUUUUUUUUCAAAAAAUAAUUAUAAUUUCAUGAAAUAUUAAUUGUGAAUUGCUUUUUACUGAAUUUCUCUUAUUAAAGUAAAAAUAAAUAAAUAAAUGCGCGCGCAUCGAUCACUGAUAAAAAUAUUUCAUUUUUAUGAUUACCAGCACAAGUUUAUUUUGCAAUUCUUUGUGGGAAAAAUAGGAAAAGAAAAAGAAUUCUCGAUCUGGAACUCACUGAAUUUAUAUGAGAAAUCAAUUGCACAUUUAGAGGCAAUUGUUCUUAUUCGACUGAAAGCAUCUAAAUUAGAAUUGUACAUUCUUCCGAAAAGUACUUUUAAUUUCGUAAAGAGAAAUAAAUUUCUUUAAUCUUCACUUAUUAAUUAGAGAACUCAACAUAUAAUGAAGAAUAAUAAAUCAUAGAUGAUGAAUAAUUUUCUGUUCAAAGAAUAGAAUAUACGGAAUAUACGAAGAAUAGAAUAUAUAGAAAAAAUGCGCAAGAUCAGGAUUAAAAUGUUUGAAAUAAAUAUUUUAAAUAUGCGGUCAUUAAAACAAAGCCCAUUUUGUCUUUCACUAAAGCUUUCGAAAUUACAAAAUUUAGUUCAUUCGGCUUCAUUUUAUAUUAGCAAUAAAAUGAGGCAUCGAAUUUGGAAAUUUUUGAACUUAAUAAAUAUCUGCUCUGAAAUCGCUAUUAAUAAAUACCUAUGUAUUUUAUAGAAUAAAGAAAUCGCGUAGAUGGAAUUAUUCUUCGAAUUAUAUUAGUUAAGCAAAUAUCUCUUAAACUUCAUAUUAAGUGCACUUCUCUUUACAUUUUAGAUUUCAAAAGGAUAAAAUGUUUAAAUAACUUGAUAAAUUAAAAAUUGGGCAGUUUGCAGGUGCUACAGAAGAACUAAGUUUAUUAAAAAACAAAUUUCCUACUUUUAUUUGAUUGCUAUUUAACUGAAAUAAUGAUUGGAAACUGCUCAGCUAUAAACUAAAUGUCACUUUUUAUUUUAUCCAUUAUCGUGGAAUAAUGGAUAAAAAAACCGGUUCACCGCAGGUUCAGUACAUGAAUAGAAUUUCAGAAAUUAAAAAUGAUAUAUACACUCGUUUCCUUCUUUAUGAAAUUAAAAAAGAGUGAAACUGAACUCUUAUGAUAUGCUGUAAAUAAUUAUAAUCAGAGAAAAAUGGCUUUAUUCAACACCGAAACGAGUGCUGCUCACUCCAUUAGCUUUUAGGUGAUUCGCGCAAAAGGAAAUCUAUAAGGAGAUAUUUUGCUUUGCCAUUGAAUGCACUUUUUAAAGAGCUCUGAUUUAUCUCUGGAGUUUUAAUUUUAUAUAGAAAGUAUGUACAUGCAUUCCGUGAAACUGAUGCGUUGUGCGUAGAAGGUGAAAGCUCUUACUUUGUGGCUGUAUGGAAAGUAGCGAUUGUAUAUAAGUAUUAUCUUGUAGAUAUUUUUUUUAUUUUUGUUAGAAUAGUAUUAUUUUACAUUAAGUAAUUUCUGUACAUAUUUUGUUCAUUAAUAAAUUUAAUUUUCCAAAUGUU